GUUUGGAUAGACGGUCACUAUAAUCUUCCUGUUACCAAGGAACCAGUGUCGAUAUGUCUGCUGCCAGCUGUCUGCUGACUGAAGAUCAGUUUCUGUGCUCCAUCUGUCUGGAUGUGUUCACCGAUCCAGUCAGCACACCAUGUGGACACAACUUCUGUAAAACCUGCAUCACUCAACACUGGAAUAUUAAUGUCCCCAAUCAGUGUCCCAACUGUAAAGAGGUUUUCUACACCAGACCUGAGCUACGGGUCAAUACUUUUAUCUCUGAGGUGGCUGCUCAGUUCAGACAGUCAGCUCAACCAAAAUUCAUCAUCAGCAGUUUAGAGCAUGGGUCAAAACCAGCAGAAGUUCCCUGUGACGUCUGCACUGGAACCAAACUGAAGGCCCUGAAGUCCUGCCUGGUGUGUCUGGCCUCCUACUGCGAGACUCACCUGGAGCCUCAUCUGACAAUGUCAGGUCUGAAAAGACAUCAACUGAUCGACCCUGUGGAGAACCUGGAAGGCAGGAUGUGUACGAAGCACGAUAAACUGUUGGAGCUGUUCUGUAAGAAGGACCUGAUGUGUGUCUGCAUGCUCUGCACCAUUUCUGACCACGUGCUACAUGAUGUUGUUCAUUUGAAAGAAGAAUAUGAAGAAAAGAAGGCCGAGCUGGGGAAGACAGAGGCUGAAAUUCAGCAGAUGAUCCAGAAGAGACAACUGAAGAUUCAGGAGAUCAAACACUCAGUGGAGCUCAGUGAGGAAGACGCAGACAGAGAGAUAGCAGAAGGUGUUCAGGUCUUCACCGCUCUAAAGGAGUCUGUUGAGAGAAACCAGGCCGAGCUCAUCGACACGAUCAAAGAGAUGCAGAGAAAGACAGAGAAACAGGCUGAAGGCUUCAUCAAAGAACUGGAACAGGAAAUCUCAGAGCUGAAGAAGAGAAGCACUGAGGUGGAGCAGCUCUCACAGUCUGAAGACCACUUCCACUUCCUCCAGAGCUUUGCCUUCCUCAACACUGCUCUACCCACGAAGGACUGGACAAAAGUCAAAGUCCAUCCACCAAUUAAGGGAACUGUGGUGAGAGCUGUGAAUCAGCUGGAGAAGACGCUCAGGAAACAGAUGAAGAAGCUGCUCACCGAGGCCAAACUUAAGAGGAUCCAGCAGUCUGCAGUGGACGUAACGCUCGAUCCUGAUACAGCACAUCCCAACCUCAUCCUGUCUGAUGACGGAAAACAAGUUCAACAUGGUGAUGUAAAGAACAAUCUCCCAGACAAUCCAGAGAGAUUUGAUACCGGUCCAAAUGUUUUAGCAAAGCAGAGUUUCUCUUCAGGAAGAUUUUAUUACGAGGUUCAGAUUAAAGGGAAGACUCACUGGUAUUUGGGAGUGGCCAGAGAGUCGAUCAACAGGAAAGGAAGCAUCACACCAAGCCCUCAGAUUGGCUACUGGUUAAUAUGUUUGAGGAAUGCAAACGAGUACAAAUCUUGUGCUGACCACGUAAUCUGUCUCUCUCUGAAGUCUUGUCCUGAGAAGGUGGGGGUGUUUGUGGAUUAUGAGGAGGGUCUGGUCUCCUUUUAUGACGUUGAUGCUGCAGCUCUUAUUUACUCCUUUACUGGCUGCUCCUUCACAGAGAAACUCUACCCACUCUUUUGUCCUUGUAAUAACAACGGUGGUAAAAACUCUGCCCCUCUGAUCAUCUGUCCUGUCAAUCACACUGAGUAG